AUGCUUGUGUGCGCUAAUUCUUCAUCAUACCAACCAUGGUCUUCAACAAUCCCCACAUUGAUUUUGCUCCCAAAAUUCACAACCAAAGAACACAUGAAUCAAAUCCACGCACGCUUAAUAACAACAGGAUUCAUCAAAAACACUUCACUCACUACCAAACUUAUCCUCACUUUCGUUUCUUCACCCCAUAAGCCUCUCAUUGAAUUUGCUCGUUACAUCUUCAUCAAGAACCAUGCUUUACGUGCUGGCAGGGAUAGAAAUGAUGACCCUUUUCUCUGGAAUGCUGUUCUCAGGUCUUAUUCUCAUGGUAGUGAUCCAAAAGGAGCUAUUUUUUUGCUCUGUUUGAUGAUUGAAAAUGGGGUUUGUUUGGAUAAGUACAGUUUUUCACUUGUUUUGAAGGCUUGUUCUAAUGUGGGUUUGAUGAAAGAAGGAAUGCAGGUUUAUGGGUUGUUGUGUAAGACAGAUAUUGGGUGUGAUUUGUUUUUGCAGAAUUGUUUGAUUGGUUUGUUUAUGAGAUGUGGGUGUGUUGAUUUUGCGGAGCAAAUGUUUGAUAGAAUGACUGAGAGGGAUUCUGUUUCUUAUAAUUCAAUGAUUGAUGGGUAUGUGAAAUACGGGUUAAUUGGAAGAGCAUCUGAGUUGUUUAAUGGUAUGCCAAUGGAAGAGAAGAAUUUGAUUACAUGGAAUUCAAUGAUUAGAGGCUAUGUGAGAUGUGGUGAAGAUGAUGAUGGGUUGAAGUUUGGUUGGAGUUUGUUUGUUAAAAUGCCUGAGAGGAACUUGGUUUCUUGGAACACAAUGAUUGAUGGUUGUGUGAAGAGGGGAAACAUGGACGAUGCUCAGGCAUUUUUCGAUGGGAUGUCGGAAAGAGAUUUGGUCAGUUGGGUUACGAUGAUUGAUGGUUACGCUAAAUCGGGUGAUGUCGUUGCUGCGAGGAGUUUGUUCGAUGAAAUGCCAAGGCGAAACGUCAUUUGUUGUAAUUCAAUGAUGGCUGGCUAUGUUCAGAAUGGGUAUUGCAUUGAAGCAUUGAAGCUGUUUCAUGAUAUGAGAAGGGCGACCGAUAUGUUACCGGACGAUACGACGCUGUUGAUCGUUCUUACAGCAGUCGCACAAUUAGGACGCGUGGAGGAUGGAAUUGUGAUACAUCGUUAUUUAAUGGACAAUGGUUACUCUCUGAGUGAUAAUCUGGGCGUUGCUCUGAUUGACAUGUAUUCAAAGUGUGGUAGCAUCGAGAAUGCUAUAUCAGUGUUCGAGAAUAUCGAACAAAAAUGUGUUGAUCAUUGGAACGCUAUGAUUGGUGGUUUAGCGAUUCAUGGAAUGAGUGAAAUGGCUUUUGAUUUUCUCAUGGAGAUGAAAAGGCUUUCUAUUACACCUGACGAUAUCACCUUCAUCGGAGUAUUGAGUGCUUGUAGGCAUUCUGGAAUGUUGAAAGAAGGACUGAUAUGUUUUGAGCUUAUGCAAAAAGUAUACAAGCUGCAACCUAAAGUGCAACACUAUGGAUGCAUGGUGGACAUGCUUAGCCGAGCCGGACUUGUCGAAGAAGCAACAAAACUCAUCCAAAAAAUGCCUAUUGAACCAAAUGAUGUAAUUUGGAAGACCUUGCUAAGUGCUUGUCAAAUUCAUGAAAAGUUCUCGGUAGGAAAGCCCAUAGCUCAGCAAUUGAUUCAACUAACGUCAGGCAGUGCAAGUUCUUAUGUGCUCUUGUCUAAUAUCUAUGCUAGUUUGGGUUUGUGGGAUAAUGUUAGAAGGGUUAGGACAAAAAUGAGAGAAAGACAUUUAAGGAAAAUUCCAGGUUGUAGUUGGAUUGAAUUGGAGGGAGUUGUUCAUAAGUUUUCUGUGCAAGAUAGAACACACCCUCAGGUUAAUGAGAUUUAUUCUAUGUUAAAUAGUUUGUAA